GUAAAUCUACUCAUAAUUUGGUUAUGACAAAGAUAAAGGCAACAACUGUUCUUCUCAAGUUCUUCUAUUGUAUAUUACUAAAAGAAGAACUAGUUGUAGCAGAUGGGGUCUUUACGUGGCUUCAGAGGGAUAGAUACGAUGAAAUGGUUGGAAAAUACAUCAAUGCCAUAAAGGGACACAACUGUGUAAGUAGAUCAAAAGCUGAUAUGCUGAUGAGGGAUGACAUUGUUACACAAAUUCCGAAAGCAAAUGAGCUGCUCAGUAAAGUUUUCUAUCAAAAUAGAUCUGCCUUAGUACAUAUGCAUAACAUGGCCCUGAAUAGGGCAUUCUUCAUGAGUUAUAUAUUACAACGAAUGAACAGUACCAGCGACUACUCAAUACAACCUAAUAUUCAUUAUCUCUACAUGUCUGUAACAGCAGAUAUCAAUGCUCAUCCAUAUGUCAUAAACGGUUCAUCUAUCAUUUUUGACCAAGACGUCUAUUAUCCGAACUGGUUGACAAACCUCGAUUUUAAUAAAACUAUUCCAUUGUUUGGUGUUAAAGGUUGGCGGACGGACAAUACCUUUGCUCAAGGAAAUUUUAUUCGGGAACCAAAUCGACGAGUUGUCCAAGUUGAAGAUAUCGGAGCGGGAAACAACAACAACUAUACUAAUGAAAGGCAUAAAAUGAAUCCUUGGUACCAAUUUUGGCUACCAGACUUAGACGAGCAUGAAGACAAAUCAAAUAAAUUCACAUACAGCGUAGGAAUUCGUUAUUCCAACGUUACUGGAAAAUUCAUUAAAGAAGAGUAUGACGUCUUCAAUUUUUUUGGUCCAAACUUACCAAGUCAAAGCGAAAAAGACAUUGGCAAAAUGCCAGUAAGAUUCACAGUACCAUAUUUUGACUGCGGAAAAUCCAACAAGUGGGUAGUCAGUGCAGUUUCUCCUAUUGUUGAUUUCUUCCCACGAUACUCCAACUAUACACAUAUGAGACGACAGAGAUUCGUUGGAGUUGCGGUAAUGGAUAUACAUUUUGCAAAAAUUGAUUUCAAUGCAUGUGGAAUCAGCCCAGGAAAUCCUGGACCAAGCUAUCUUGCCGGGAUAGCAAGGUGUAAGCCGAAUACAGGGUGUAAGCAUGUGAGUGGUAGAGGAUUCAAGCGUGGAGCAUAUAUCUGUCACUGUAAGAAUAAAUACGUAUAUCCUAUGGGUAUUCAAGGACCAUACGAUGGAAAACUGCUUGAACAGGCAACUAAUGCGGAGUAUGCAAACAGUUUUGGUUGCAUACGUGGUGAUCAUUACCGUGUUCUUCCUAUUGUUGACCAGAAAGCUCAUGUGACUGUUGAAUUUGGUGCAGCCAACAUAAAUGUUCGGAAGAAGAGAUCAGUCAAGGCAACAAAUGAAACCACUUCAAUCAAAUAUGGUAACAGUACACGGAGGAAAAGAACCACUGAUUUUAGCAACAGAUCUAAAUUUGAUCAAAUGCGAUUUAAUCGAAUGAUAAGAAUUUUCCGACAGAAGGUCAGUAUAAAUAAAAACAAUUGCAAAAGCGUACCUGCAAGUCUUCUUCAUUUACCUGGUGAUGCUGCUUACGACGUUGAAAAUCAAUUCAAAUAUCAGGGAACAACAGCACUAAAAUUAUCACAUUUUCUUAGUUUGUUUUUAGAAACUGUUCAAGCUACAGACAAUUUUGGUAAUUUAAGAGGAGGUGGCAGAUUGCAUCAAGAUCAUUUAUUUGGAGAAGUUUUGGCUAAUGUAAUGGCAGACUAUAGAAUUGUUUCCAGUGGAAUUUUCUUUGAACCAUACGUUUUCAAAAACCAGGAUGGGACUCCUAAAGAACUCUUUGGUCCUUAUGCAUUCAAAAGUGAAGGUGUUGCUAAAGCUAUAGACAUGACCGGUUUACCAAGAAAAUACAUUUUUGAAAACUGGUACCAGAGUAUCAAAGAGAGAUGGAAAACAAAUACAGCAAAACUCGAAAAACAUAAAAUGAAUCAACUUGUACGUUCAGACAUUAAAGGAACAAGUGCAGUCAAAUUUGAAUAUUAUCCAAUCGCGUACUUUGCUCCCAAAUAUGAUGAUGGUAUGUGGUCCAAUCCCCAGUUUAAAUGCGAUGGAAUGGUGGAUAGUUGGGUGAUGACUUAUAGCAUUCCAUUCUUUCAAAGAGACUAUGUGGCAAAGAAAAAUAAAUUUGCAGGAGUUGUAACGGUUGAUGUUCCUCUUGACAACCUGGAAAUAAACCAAUGUCCCCAGCCGUUUAGUGUUGCCAAUGCCUUCAAAAACACAGCAAGAUGUCAUAUAUCUACUACGUGCAAGAAGAUACCUGGAUAUAAAUACUCCCGAGGAGCAUACCGAUGUGAUUGUAAACAAGGAUACGAGUACCAGUUCGCUGAUGGAAAGACCUUUAUAGAAGGAAGUUUAGUCGAGCUUGAAUAUGAAAAGAAAGUGAAAAGACUUUUCAGUCGGCAAGUUAUAUGUUAA